AUGAUUCAAAAAUUUUGCAAGGUAAUAUUUUUCAAAUUAUAGAUUUUGGAUUAUCUCAAGAAUUUAUUGAAAAUUUAAGUUCUUUAAGUUAUAUAUAUUGGCUCAUUAUAUUUUGUUUGUAUAAAAUAACUUAAAGGAGUACAGAUUGGAAAUAAAGAUGACUAAAAGAGUUCAAUAUAUGUAUUGAUCUACUAAAGAACUUGUAUUUAGUAAAAUUACCAGAGUAUUUUAAACAAACUUAGGAAUGCAAAAAGAUAGGUAAUUGAAUUAUAGGUAAAAUUUAAUCCUCUCGUUUUAACACUCCUGCAUUAACUUCAAAUUAUCUGA